AUGGACGACGCCCCGGCGCCGAGGUUGUCGGACCUGCUGCGGCACCCCGACGACCUCGACAAGAUCCCCGCCCUCAAGCUCGAGUUCUCGCGCAAAAAGGGCGCCGUCGACAGCCGGCUGCGCAACGGCCUGCGCGAGCAGCUCGAGACGACCCAGUCGGGCAUGACGGGCCUCGGCGACGGCCAAAAGGCGGUCCAGAUGAUCAAGGACGAGAUGAUGAGCAUCGACCGGCUGUGCUCCGAGUCGCAGAUCAUGAUCAAGGACUUUGCCAGCAUCAACCUCGUCUCCCAGGCCCACCGCAACUUCGGCGCCGUCGAGACGAUGCGGCGCAACCUCGAGACCUUCAACGACCGGCUGACCAUGGUCGACCGCAUGCUGCAGCAGGACGACGACGACAAGGAGAACAUGCCGAACCUGCUGCGCUGCCACUACGAGCUGACGCAGCUGCGGAACAUCCGCGACGACGCCAUGGAGCAGAUCCAGAGGGCCGAGGACCCGAGCCUCGAGCAGACGCUCGAGGACUACUUCGCCCGCCUCGACGACGCCAUCGACUGGUUCGACGAGCACGUCGGCCUGCUCGCCAUGAACCUCAUCAACCUCGUCGUCGAGGACAACAACGGCCUCGUCGUCCGCUUCGCCGUCGUCAUGGAGGCCGAGGAGCGCAGCGACCAGCGCGUCCUCGCCCUGCAGGAGGCCCUCAAGGACCACGAGGAGAUGGCCGCCCGCUUCCAGAGCAUCACCGACGGCGCCAAGAAGGCGCGCGGCUACAAGGCCAAGUUCAUGCAGGCCAUCAAGCUCGGCGCCGAGCAGCAGUUCGAGCAGGCCCGCGACGAGUUCCUCGACGACGCCAGCCGCCUCGACAAGAUCAUGAAGUGGUACUUCAACGACCUCAACGCCGUCAAGGUCGGCAUGACGCCCCUCAUGCCCAAGCGCUGGCGCAUCGCCAAGACGUACGCCGACAUCUACCACCAGCUGAUGCACGACUUCCUCGUCGGCAUCAUCGACGGCCCCGACGCCAGCUCGGGCCACACGCUCGAGAUCGCCGGCUUCCCCGACAAGUACUACAAGAAGAUGGCGAGGAUGGGCUUCAAGCAGGAGUCGCUCGUCCCCCACGUCGUCGACAACCGCGAGGCCGAGCUCGUCCGCGACUUCCGCCAGCUCAUCAUCAAGUUCCUCGACGAGUGGAUCGACCGCAUCUUCGCCCAGGAGAAGGCCGACUUCGCCGACCGCAACGUCGAGGGCUCCAACCUCGACCAGGACGAGUACGGCUACUUCCGGACCAAGAACCUCGUCGCCCUCUGGCGCAUGCUCCGCGAGCAGGUCGAGGCUGGCGCCAACUCGCAGCGCGCCGACGUCGUCGAGGGCGUCAUCGACGCCAUGUUCCUGCGCCUGCGCACCCGCCAGCAGGCCUGGCAGCGCCUGCUCGAGGACGAGGCCGCCCGCUACGAGGCCGGCAAGGUGCCCGAGCUCGAGGCCUUCCAGGCGCUGCAGGACUGGCUCGUCGCCACGGCCAACGACCAGAUCGCCUGCAUCGACGACAACGAGGACGAGAACCGGCUCGGCUACCUGUCGAGCUUCUGCCAGAGGUUCGAGCCGCACGUCACGGCCCAGUACCUCGGCCGCGUCGACCAGGAGGUGGCCGCCCUGCGCGACGGAUACGUCGACUUCAGCACCUGGUGCAUCAACAAGUUUGCCCAACUCAUCUUCGCCAUCGACUUCAAGGCCGUCAUGCCCGACUUCUUCACCCCGCGAUGGUACCCCAACACGGCCAUGAAGCAGAUGGUCGUGACGUUUGAGGAGUACGUCAACGACUACCGCCAAGUCCUGCACCACUCCCUCGUCGACAUCUUCACCGAGAUCUUCGCCGACGAGCUCCUCGUCCGCUACCUCUCCUCCGUCCGCAACAAGGGCGCCCGCUUCCGUCGCACCGACCCCUUCCGCGACAAGCUCUUCAACGACAUCUCGACCGCCUUCGAGUUCUUCAACAACCUCCCCAACCCAGACGUCGCCAACUCCAUCAAGCAGACCUGGCGCGCCACCGAGUCCUUUCUCCGCCUCCUCUCGGCCGACAAGGACACCGUCGCCGACGAGUUCGCCGCCUUCAAGACCACCUACUGGGACCUGCAGCUGAGCUGGGUUGAGGCCGUCCUCCGCUCCCGCGACGACUUUGAGCGGAGCAUGCUCAACGCCGUCAAGGCCCGGGCCGCUCAGAUGGACGUCGUCCGCGGGCCCGAGACCAUCAUGGGCAAAGUGAAGUGA